AUGGAGCAAUUCGACGGUUUAUGGAAUGAGUACAGGCAGGCUACCUCACAUAGCUCCGACAACAACAUCGCGACACCAUCACAAGAUCAAUCCCAUCAUAUGGCCCCUGUUGAGCUUUGGGCAGAGGGUGUAUUUGAAGCUAGCCAGGACUAUCAAGAGGCGCCCCGUCCAAUUCUGAACAAACACACUGACAUUGUAAGGAACCCACAAUCGGAUAUCGUGCCAAGUCCCGAUUCGCUUGACUACCAUUCCUCAACCAGCACGUUUACUCAGUUGCGCCAGACCGGUAGUUCUGCUGGAUUCUCGUACUGCCCAGGCGGAAAGGCCAUGCCUGCAGCAGAUGGAGUGGUCAGAGAGGAAUUGCAGCAGAGUACCCCGAUAACUUAUUCACCAGAACUUGUGAAUGCUCGAUCGAGCACAGUUAUGUACAAUGCAGGGCCGGCGACUGAUAAUUGGCACCAAGUAUCUAGGCUGGGAUUUGCGCCACCAGCUGGCCCUUUCUUACCAUGGCACAACACCCGUUCGAAUGACAUUAUGGAUGACAGAGCCUGCGCAACAUGCUAUACUAUCGGCUCGCCGCUCCACUGCUCGGCAGUCAACUUAACCGUUAACCCCUUCACGGCGAAUAGCGGAGCAGAAGACGCGGGUAAUCCAACCGUGCCGACCGUGCCGACCGUGCCCGGACUAGAUGCAUACCCGACUCACGCUGGAGUGGCCGCCACAGAACGAGGCCAUGACACUUCUCUGCUCGCAGGAGUAGAAGAAAGCAGCAGCCAUCACGUAACGACGGGCACCAAUGUAGCUCAGACGCGGAAGCGUAAUGGAACACCGCAGCACGGCGUGUCCGACCACAAGCGGCGGAGGUCGUCGAACUACAGGAUCAUGUUUGUCUGUACGUUGGGGGACUGCGAGCAGACAUUCACGCUGGAGAAGGACCUCAUCCGGCAUCAGCGCCAGAGCCUCAUCCACAAGGAUGAGUGUGAGCAUCUCUUCUUUUGCGAGGAGGCGCGGUGUCGUAGCUUUGGCAGGAGCUAUUCCCGAGAAGACAACUACAACAGGCACGUCGAGACCAAGCACGCGGGAUUCGUGCGAUAG